GCCUGAGGAAGAUCAAUUCGUCACGACUCACCAGGACUUACUCCAGGACUUUGUUGAAGACAUUAUUACCAGCUCAGCACUCAGCUAUCAUCUUGAUAAUCUCAAUGCAUAAUGCGUAAUGCUUGAUCAGUGCCACGAUCACUUACGACUAGUCAUUGUAUAGCGCUAUAGCACUUGCCAAUUUUCGCUAUACAUAUGGCUAUGGCACCCUCAGUUCAGCGACCGAGAUUCAAUCCUUCAAAUUCAUCAGGUGUCAGUGAUGUCCACCGGCUUCAUCAUGACGUACCGUCGCUGUGCAAUUCAGAUCCCAAUCCUUUGCACUUUAGAUUCCAGUCGUUGGUUAGCUGUCCUGCAGAUGUCCCGCUUGAAUUGUUCGAGGCGGCUGUUUCACAAUUGAUUCAUCACCCAGAGUACAAUUCGACAUUGAUCUUGCGCUCAGAGACCAUCUCAGACUCUGAUACCACCAUCCCAACGUCUGCUCCAUGUCUGGAUGGAUACCACGCUGUACGCAAUGUUCAUCGCAAGCUGCUACCGCGUAGGCCGGGUAGAGACUCAGGACUAGAGCAGCACUGUACGCUUUACGCCUUCGAAACCGGUGAAUUUGCGGGCCUUCCGUCCAUGUUGGUCCUUACACCACUUGUACCCGAAGGAGAGAGCCUGCCCUACUAUCAUCCUACGGUGUCACAUCUUGCUUUCCGGUUCAUCCCUUCCAGCAUCACCACAACUUCAGAUUCAGCUUCUGCACAAUCGGCACUGCGCAUUGAAGUUAUUCCACUCCCAGGCACGCCUACCGACCCCAACAGUCGCCUCUACCGUACGGCACUUGCACUCCUUGACACACUCCACCGUUACCUUUGGGGUGCAUUCACUCAUUAUCAGAAGCGCGUACAACACGAUGUCCUCAUACCCCGAGAAAUAUAUCAAGACGUAUAUCUCAAAAUGCGUGAGCGCCAUAAAGGGAUAGUAAACACAUGGAGGGAGACCACCGAUCCCUUGAAGCAUGUGUUCGAGGACAUUGGCAUCGCAACAUUUCUUAUGCUUUUCUGGAAGGACAUGUUUGCUGCUUCAGUUGAUUUAGCCGACAUGAAGGAGCUGGAUGAUUCACGAUGGACAUCCUGGCCUCGUCCAUCUGGAGGCUUCCUCGAUCUUGGCUGUGGCAAUGGCUUGUUGACACAUAUUCUCUCGGCUGAGGGCUAUUCGGGAUACGGUAUCGAUCUCCGCGCACGGACUUCCUGGGCACAUUACCCCAACUCGUCACGGGCAGCCUUAAAGGUGCACGCACUUGACCCCACUCAAUUUCUUUCCCCAGACAACAGCAACGAUGAAGAGAAAUCCCUUUGGGAGCCCGGAGCAUUCCUCAUCGGAAACCACGCAGACGAAUUAACACCAUGGCUUCCUGUACUGGCAACACUCACGGGUGCGAGUGGGUACCUCUCCAUACCCUGCUGUGCAUGGAUGUUUGAUGAGAGGUUUACUCGCUCGUCUGCGGCGUCAGCGCUUGAUUUCUCUGACAAUGAAUCGCUUGACGCUGCCGCUGGUGUGGUGUCAAGCGAGGCCGAGGAUGAAGCUAUCUUCAUUUCCAGCCUCGGUAUGGGCGCUGAGGGCACACACAAGUCUCAAUACUCGGCCUAUCGCAUAUGGCUUGCGCGUUUGAGCCGGUGGUUGGGCUGGAAGAUUGAGUGCGACACGCUCCGCAUACCUAGCACGCGCAAUUGGGCGAUUGUAGGUCGUGAAAGGCUUCCGGGAGACCAGAGGAUUUAUGUAGAUCGAGCGAGAAGGAUUGUGGAGGACGUUGCACGUAGAGGGACAUUCAAGGCACGGACUCCAGAAGGGAAAGCACAUGACAGGGCGUCAUGACAUUAGCUACCCAUUUGGACAGCAUUUUCUCAGACCAAGAUAAUAACGAACUACUAUUGUAAUAAGCUAUAUGAA